AUGGCCAAUAUUUUAUUAUUCUUUUUCUUUUGCUUAGCAGCCAAUGAUUACAGGGUUGAUGGUACUACGUUACCCAUAUCUACAACAGAAGAAGACGAAAUAAAGAGACAUCUGAACCUCAUCAACAAGCCUCCCAUUAGGAGCUUCCAAACGGAACAAGGUUAUAUUGUUGAUUGUAUUGAUAUCCACAAGCAACCAGCUUUUGACCAUCCUUUCUUGAAAAAUCAUAAGCUUCAGCUUGUAGCAAUGAUAAUGGACAAUAGAGAGGAUGGGUAUAUGGGAGUUAAUGGCCACAUCAAUGUUUAUCAACCAAAAGUAAGGAAGUAUCAAAUGAGUAUUGCUCAAAUUGCGGUUCAGAAUGGUGAAUCUGAUGGAAUUAACACAAUCCUUUUUGGGUGGCAGGUGUCCCCACAAAUUUAUCACAACAAAUUAACACACGUUUUUGUUCUAUGGACGUCGGAUUCAUUCAGGACAACAGGAUGUUACAAUAUGAUGUGUCCAGGUUUUAUACAGAUUGAUCCUCAUUUCACUAUUGGCCUCCCUAUUAUUAAUCUCUCUACUUAUGAAGGCCCACAAUUCGAAAUUUCUUUGUCGAUUUCACAGCUAAAAUCUUAUUAUCCUCAAUAA